AUGGGGGCAGGGAGUGAGGGAGACCAGGCCGCGUCUGCCAGGAGGGGUGCUCCGGACCCAGCUGUUUCAGCCCCUCCGGAGACGGCCUGGUGGUGGCUGCUGCACUGGGCGCUGCUGGCCUCGGCCUCGUGUCUCCCUCCCUGCUGCGCCUCCCGGCCAGUCCUUAACCCACGCACUCCGUUCGAGUACAUGAUCCUGGCCACCAUCAUCGCCAACUGCAUCGUGCUGGCUCUGGAGCAGCACCUCCCUGAUGGGGACAAAACGCCCAUGUCCGAGCGGCUGGACGACACGGAGCCCUAUUUCAUCGGGAUCUUUUGCUUCGAGGCAGGAAUCAAAAUCAUCGCCCUGGGCUUUGUCUUCCACAAGGGCUCUUACCUGCGGAACGGCUGGAACGUCAUGGACUUCGUGGUCGUCCUCACAGGGAUCCUUGCCACGGCUGGAACUGACUUCGACCUGCGAACACUGAGGGCUGUGCGUGUGCUGAGGCCCCUAAAGCUGGUGUCUGGGAUUCCAAGUUUGCAGGUGGUGCUCAAGUCCAUCAUGAAGGCCAUGGUUCCACUCCUGCAGAUCGGGCUGCUUCUCUUCUUUGCCAUCCUCAUGUUUGCCAUCAUUGGCCUGGAGUUCUACAUGGGCAAGUUCCACAAGGCCUGCUUCCCCAACAGCACAGAUGCAGAGCCCGUGGGUGACUUCCCCUGUGGCAAGGAGGCCCCAGCCCGGCUGUGCGAGGGCGACACUGAGUGCCGGGAGUACUGGCCAGGACCCAACUUCGGCAUCACCAACUUUGACAACAUCCUGUUUGCCAUCUUGACGGUGUUCCAGUGCAUCACCAUGGAGGGCUGGACUGACAUCCUCUACAACACAAACGAUGCGGCCGGCAACACCUGGAACUGGCUCUACUUCAUCCCUCUCAUCAUCAUCGGCUCCUUCUUCAUGCUCAACCUGGUGCUGGGCGUGCUGUCGGGGGAGUUUGCCAAGGAGCGAGAGAGGGUGGAGAACCGCCGUGCCUUCCUGAAGCUGCGCCGGCAGCAGCAGAUCGAGCGAGAGCUCAACGGGUACCUGGAGUGGAUCUUCAAGGCGGGUGAGGGCCCGUGGCCUGAGGGCUGCAGCUCAGGCAGUCUCUCCCAUCCUUUGUUUAAAGCAGUGCUGAAGAGAGCGGCCACGAAGAAGAGCAGAAAUGACCUGAUCCACGCAGAGGAGGGGGAGGACCGGUUUGCAGAUCUCUGUGCUGUUGGAUCCCCCUUCGCCCGCGCCAGCCUCAAGAGCGGGAAGACAGAGAGCUCGUCAUACUUCCGGAGGAAGGAGAAGAUGUUCCGGUUUUUCAUCCGGCGCAUGGUGAAGGCUCAGAGCUUCUACUGGGUGGUGCUGUGUGUGGUGGCCCUGAACACACUGUGUGUGGCCAUGGUGCAUUACAACCAGCCGCGGCGGCUCACCACGGCGCUGUAUUUUGCAGAGUUUGUUUUCCUGGGUCUCUUCCUCACAGAGAUGUCCCUGAAGAUGUAUGGCCUGGGGCCCAGAAGCUACUUCCGGUCCUCCUUCAACUGCUUUGACUUUGGGGUCAUUGUGGGGAGCGUCUUUGAAGUGGUCUGGGCGGCCAUCAAGCCUGGAAGCUCCUUUGGGAUCAGCGUGCUGCGGGCCCUCCGCCUGCUGAGGAUCUUCAAAGUCACGAAGUACUGGAGCUCCCUGCGGAACCUGGUGGUGUCCCUGCUGAACUCCAUGAAGUCCAUCAUCAGCCUGCUCUUCUUGCUCUUCCUGUUCAUUGUGGUCUUCGCCCUGCUGGGGAUGCAGCUGUUUGGGGGACAGUUCAACUUCCAGGAUGAGACUCCCACAACCAACUUCGACACCUUCCCUGCUGCCAUCCUCACUGUCUUCCAGAUCCUGACAGGAGAGGACUGGAAUGCAGUGAUGUAUCACGGGAUCGAAUCGCAAGGCGGUGUCAGCAAAGGCAUGUUCUCGUCCUUUUACUUCAUUGUCCUGACGCUGUUCGGAAACUACACUCUGCUGAAUGUCUUCCUGGCCAUCGCUGUGGACAACCUGGCCAACGCCCAGGAGCUGACCAAGGAUGAAGAGGAGAUGGAAGAAGCAGCCAAUCAGAAGCUUGCUCUGCAAAAGGCCAAAGAAGUGGCCGAAGUCAGCCCCAUGUCUGCCGCGAACAUCUCCAUCGCUGCUUUUGUAAAGCAAGCUCGAGGUACUGUAUCUCGCAGCUCAUCUGUCUCCAGCGUGAACUCACCGGCCUGGCCUUGCCCUCCAGGGGAAGACUCUGCAGGCCAGGCCCUGCAGCCAGCAUGGAGCUGGGCUCAGUCUUUCCCCGAGCACUGUUUGCUGCUGGCUGUCAGAAGCACUGAUGUCUCCUGGGGCAAGAAAGCAUGCUGGAUCCUGAAUCCAUCCACAGGGUGGAAUAAGGUUCACAGGGGAGUCUGCCAGCCUGACAGCGCCCUCAGUCCAGCAGACAGCCUGGCCUCUCCCUGCUCCAGGCGUUUCCUGGGCGAGAAGGAGCCGCACCUGAAUGCAAGGAGGCACAAGGCGCAGCCGGCGCACGAGGCUGUGGAGAAGGAGGCCACGGAGAAGGAGGCCACGGAGAAGGAGGCCGAGAUAGUGGAAGCCGACAAGGAGAAGGAGCUCCGGAACCACCAGCCCAGGGAGCCACACUGUGACCUGGAGACCAGUGGGACGGUGACUGUGGGCCCUAUGCACACGCUGCCCAGCACCUGUCUCCAGAAGGUGGAGGAACAGCCAGAGGAUGCAGACAAUCAGCGGAAUGUCACUCGCAUGGGCAGUCAGCCCCCAGACCCGAGCACUGUUGUACACAUCCCGGUGAUGCUGACAGGCCCUCCUGGGGAAGCCACGGUCGUUCCCAGUGGUAACGUGGACCUGGAAAGCCAAGCAGAGGGGAAGAAGGAGGUAGAAGCGGAUGACGUGAUGAGGAGCGGCCCCCGGCCCAUCGUCCCGUACAGCUCCAUGUUCUGUUUAAGCCCCACCAACCUGCUCCGCCGCUUCUGUCACUACAUCGUGACCAUGAGGUACUUCGAGAUGGUGAUUCUCGUGGUCAUCGCCUUGAGCAGCAUCGCCCUGGCUGCUGAGGACCCAGUGCACACGGACUCGCCCAGGAACAAUGCUCUGAAAUACCUGGAUUACAUUUUCACUGGUGUCUUUACCUUUGAGAUGGUGAUAAAGAUGAUCGACUUGGGACUGCUGCUUCACCCUGGGGCGUAUUUCCGGGACUUGUGGAACAUUCUGGACUUCAUUGUGGUCAGUGGCGCCCUGGUGGCGUUUGCUUUCUCGAGCUUCGUGGGAGGAUCCAAAGGGAAAGACAUCAAUACCAUCAAGUCCCUGAGAGUCCUUCGUGUCCUGCGGCCCCUCAAGACCAUCAAACGGCUGCCCAAGCUCAAGGCUGUGUUUGACUGUGUGGUGAACUCCCUGAAGAAUGUCCUCAACAUCUUGAUUGUCUACAUGCUCUUCAUGUUCAUCUUUGCUGUCAUUGCCGUGCAGCUCUUCAAAGGGAAGUUUUUCUACUGCACAGAUGAAUCCAAGGAGCUGGAGAGAGACUGCAGGGGUCAGUAUUUGGAUUAUGAGAAGGAGGAAGUGGAAGCUCAGCCCAGGCAGUGGAAGAAAUACGACUUUCACUACGACAAUGUGCUCUGGGCUCUGCUGACACUGUUCACGGUGUCCACGGGAGAAGGCUGGCCCAUGGUGCUGAAACACUCCGUGGAUGCCACCUAUGAGGAGCAGGGGCCGAGCCCUGGGUACCGCAUGGAGCUGUCCAUCUUCUACGUGGUCUACUUUGUGGUCUUUCCCUUCUUCUUUGUCAACAUCUUUGUGGCCUUGAUCAUCAUCACCUUCCAGGAGCAGGGGGACAAGGUGAUGUCUGAAUGCAGCCUGGAGAAGAACGAGAGGGCUUGCAUUGACUUCGCCAUCAGCGCCAAACCCCUGACACGGUACAUGCCCCAAAACAGGCAGUCGUUCCAGUAUAAGACGUGGACAUUUGUGGUCUCCCCACCCUUUGAGUACUUCAUCAUGGCCAUGAUAGCCCUCAACACCGUGGUGCUGAUGAUGAAGUUCUAUGAUGCGCCCUAUGAGUACGAGCUGAUGCUGAAGUGCCUGAACAUCGUGUUCACGUCCAUGUUCUCCAUGGAAUGCGUGCUGAAGAUCAUCGCCUUCGGGGUGCUGAACUAUUUCAGAGAUGCCUGGAAUGUCUUUGACUUUGUCACUGUGUUGGGAAGUAUUACUGAUAUUUUAGUAACAGAGAUUGCGAACAAUUUCAUCAACCUCAGCUUCCUCCGCCUCUUCCGAGCUGCGCGGCUGAUCAAGCUGCUUCGCCAGGGUUACACCAUCCGCAUCCUGCUGUGGACCUUUGUCCAGUCCUUCAAGGCCCUGCCCUAUGUGUGUCUGCUCAUUGCCAUGCUGUUCUUCAUCUACGCCAUCAUCGGCAUGCAGGUGUUUGGGAAUAUUGCCCUGGAUGAUGACACCAGCAUCAACCGCCACAACAACUUCCGGACAUUUUUGCAAGCGCUGAUGCUGCUGUUCAGGAGCGCCACGGGGGAGGCCUGGCACGAGAUCAUGCUGUCCUGCCUGAGCAACCAGGCCUGUGAUGAGCAGGCCAACGCCACCGAGUGUGGAAGUGACUUUGCCUACUUCUACUUCGUCUCCUUCAUCUUCCUGUGCUCCUUUCUGAUGUUGAACCUCUUUGUGGCUGUGAUCAUGGACAAUUUUGAGUACCUUACGCGGGACUCUUCCAUCCUAGGUCCUCACCACUUGGACGAGUUCAUCCGGGUCUGGGCUGAAUAUGACCCAGCUGCGUGUGGGCGCAUCAGUUACAAUGACAUGUUUGAGAUGCUGAAACACAUGUCCCCGCCUCUGGGGCUGGGGAAGAAAUGCCCUGCUCGAGUUGCCUACAAGCGUCUGGUUCGCAUGAACAUGCCCAUCUCCAGCGAGGACAUGACUGUCCACUUCACGUCCACACUCAUGGCCCUCAUCCGGACGGCACUGGAGAUCAAGCUGGCCCCAGCUGGGACAAAGCAGCAUCAGUGUGACGCGGAGUUGAGGAAGGAGAUUUCCGUUGUGUGGGCCAAUCUGCCCCAGAAGACUCUGGACUUGCUGGUACCACCCCAUAAGCCGGAUGAGAUGACAGUGGGGAAGGUUUACGCAGCUCUGAUGAUAUUCGACUUCUACAAGCAGAACAAAACCACCAGAGACCAGAUGCACCAGGCUCCCGGAGGCCUCUCCCAGAUGGGUCCUGUGUCCCUGUUCCACCCCUUGAAGGCCACCCUGGAGCAGACGCAGCCAGCUGUGCUCCGAGGAGCCCGGGUUUUCCUUCGACAGAAGAGUUCCACCUCCCUCAGCAAUGGCGGGGCCAUACAAAACCAAGAGAGUGGCAUCAAGGAGUCUGUCUCCUGGGGCACUCAAAGGACCCAGGAUGGGCCCCACGAGGCCAGGCCGCCCCUGGAGCGUGGCCACUCCACAGAGAUCCCUGUGGGGCAGUCAGGAGCACUGGCUGUGGACGUUCAGAUGCAGAGCAUGACCCGGAGGGGCCCUGACGGGGAGCCCCAGCCUGGGCUGGAGAGCCAGGGUCGAGCAGCCUCCAUGCCCCGCCUUGCAGCUGAGACUCAGCCCGUCACAGAUGCCAGCCCCAUGAAGCGCUCCAUCUCCACGCUGGCCCAAAGGCCCCGCGGGACUCAUCUCUGCAGCACCACCCCGGACCGCCCACCCCCUAGCCAGGCACCACACCACCACCACCACCGCUGCCACCGCCGCAGGGACAGGAAGCAGAGGUCCCUGGAGAAGGGGCCCAGCCUGUCUGCCGAUACGGAUGGUGCACCAAGCAGUGCUGCGGGGCCGGGGCUGCCCCCGGGAGAGGGGCCUACAGGCUGCCGGCGGGAACGAGAGCGCCGGCAGGAGCGGGGCCGGUCCCAGGAGCGGAGGCAGCCCUCAUCCUCCUCCUCAGAGAAGCAGCGCUUCUACUCCUGUGACCGCUUUGGGGGCCGUGAGCCCCCCAAGCCCAAGCCCUCCCUUAGCAGCCACCCCACGUCGCCAACAGCUGGCCAGGAGCCAGGUCCCCACCCACAGGGCAGUGGUUCCGUGAACGGGAGCCCCUUGCUGUCAACAUCUGGUGCUAGCACCCCCGGCCGUGGUGGGCGGAGGCAGCUCCCCCAGACACCCCUGACUCCCCGCCCCAGCAUCACCUACAAGACCGCCAACUCCUCACCCAUCCACUUCGCCGGGGCUCAGACCAGCCUCCCUGCCUUCUCCCCGGGCCGGCUCAGCCGUGGGCUUUCUGAACACAACGCCCUGCUGCAGAAAGACCCCCUCAGCCAGCCCCUGGCCCCUGGUUCUCGAAUCGGCUCUGACCCUUACCUGGGGCAGCGUCUGGACAGCGAGGCCUCUGUCCACGCCCUGCCUGAGGACACGCUCACUUUCGAGGAGGCUGUGGCCACCAACUCAGGCCGCUCCUCCAGGACUUCCUACGUGUCCUCCCUGACCUCCCAGUCUCACCCUCUCCGCCGCGUGCCCAAUGGUUACCACUGCACCCUGGGACUCAGCUCAGGCGGCCGAGCACGGCACAGCUACCACCACCCUGACCAAGACCACUGGUGCUAGCUGCACCGUGACUGCUCAGACGCCUGCAUGCAGCAGGCGUGUGUUCCAGUGGAUGAGUUUUAUCAUCCACACGGGGCAGCAGCCCCUGGGGGGAGGCCUCGCCCACCUUGGUGAGGCUCCUGCGGCCCCUCCCUCCCCCUCCUUCCCUCUUUUACUCUAGACGACGAAUAAAGCCCUGUU